AUGAAUGUGGUUAGUGCCAGUAUGCGGCGAGCGAUCGAAAAAUUUUUGCACCUCCGGCGUACAGCCUAUCCAUCGCACGCGAAGAAUGCCCGAUGCUCGGAACCGCGUAAUUUGACCGACUUAUCAAUUGAACAGUGCCGGCACCCACAUUGCCAGACACUGGUUUUGACGGAUCAUGACACAGGUUCGGCGUUUACGAUGCGCGGCUGUGCUGAAACAUUUGGUGCAAUAAACGAAGAAUUAUUAGAUGCACGUGGAGAUAAUAAGUGCAAGAGGUUGCACGAUCAAAUCGAUAUCCAAGAAUGCAUCUGCAAGUAUCGGCGGUAUUGUUAUCCAGGUCCCGAACGUGCACUUUAUGAUGCACAAGCAUCAGCAGUUGCCUUAUCAUCGUCAAACGUAUUGUCACUACUGAGCGUUACUUUUUUUCUUAUUUUAAGGCUUGCUUUUUUUGCAGUUAUAUUCGAUAGCUAA